GAUAUAUCGCCAUUACUUAUAUGUCGUCCUGAAAACUAAAUCCUUAUCGUAUUCAGGGUAUUGUCUGUUAGUAAGCGUAAAAAUACUGUCACUUUUGAUCCUCGGAUCUCUCUAUCUCUGGUCAACUCCCGCAAAACAGCAAUUGUCCCCUCCACGGCCAUCUUGCUCAUUUUCUUCUCCUUGUGGUUUGCGGGCAUGGUUAAAUUGUGGAGUUCCCAAGUUGUCUGCGGGACGAGAACGACGAUCUUUAGAAGUAUAUACAUCCCAUGCAUAAGAAUGGUGAAAAGAAUGUCUUCAAAUGGCUCAGAGUCUCACCACAUCGGCCAUGACAUAGUCAGCGAAGAGGGCGAGAAGUGACAAAUCUCGGCACUCAACGCUGAUAUCCGAACCCAUGCGGAAACUCCACUGGAUGCCAUUGACCUAUAUCGUCCCAUGGUUUCGACUGAGGUCGAGUCAUUCAAGAUUCUUUUUUGUCAGCUUCGGACUUUUGCUCAGUCAGCCGCAAGGGGUCGGGGUCCGAAUCAAGCGAGAAACUGGACCCAGAUAAUGCUAUUUAACCAUCCCAAGCUGGGAAAGAUCGUGACCAUCCUUCCACCAUCAGCUACUACUUCCCAAUUACCAUCGGUUCUCCUUACAAUGGCGACUAUGAGACCCAUCGUCUUCUACGCCCACCAUGCUGGCCCAAACCCCCAAAAAGGUAGUUAUGGUUCUGGAGAGCUCAAAGUCCCCUACAAGGUCAAGCUACUCGAAUUUCCAGAGAUGAAGCAAGCUGCCUGGAAGAAGAUUAAUCCUAACGGCUAGGUUCCUGCAAUUAAAGAUUCCAACACUAGAACCACUCUCUAGGAGUUGGGGGCAAUCUUUAAAUACCUUGUGACAAAGUACAAUAAAUAGAACGAGAUCAGUUUCCCCAACUAACUCCCAGGAGUCCUACCAUGCAAUACAGUGGCUCCAUUUCUAAGCAUCAGGCCAAGGUUCAUAUUUUAGCCAGGCUGCGUGGUUCAAAAUCCAUCAUAAAGAGCAGCUCCAGACUGCUAUUAAAUGAUAUAGCAAUAAGAUUCAGCGCGUGUCAGGGGUGUUAAACUGGGUCUUGGCAGAACGCAAAUACCUGGUUAAUGAUAAAUACAGCGAUGUGGAUAUUGUAUUUGUCCCCUGGUUUGAUGUCAUUCCAUGGGUGGCGGGUGAUGCGAUUGAUUUAGAGGACUUUCGCAAUGUCCAUGCAUGGCUGAAUACAUUGAGAUCACGCCCUUCAGUCAUUACCGGUCUAGGUGCUAAGUCUGAGGUGCCCAAGAAG